UCUGGUCCCCUGUAUGAGCUAUGUCAAAAAAUAAGUAACAAUGGAUUUGAAAAGCCCUAACUAUGUUGCACAACUCUGCUGCCCAAUGAGAUUCAGUCAACCUGCUGCUUUAUUUUUAUCUCUAUUGAGAAAACGUGUCCUACAAGACUUGUAGAACAGCCCUCUGCUUAAUUUAAAACUGAAAGUGUUUUGGUGAGUCUGAGAUGCUCCGGCCCUUCAUUGUGUUGGACAGCUUUGAUGAGGAACAAGUUAUCGCUCUGUGACCGAAGUUUUUAGCUGACAAAGUCUUCUAAAUGGUUUUUACUUCAGAAACCACAUCUGACUAACCUGGGCAGGAUCCUGAGCUCGUGCAGAACAGCUAUGAUAAACAGAAACAGAUAUGGAGGUGAACCAAUGGACGAGCGGCAGCAUUUGAUAAAAGCUUCAAGCGGUGAAGGGAUGACUGACCUGGACCGACGUAAAGGGAAUAACGAGAUUGGGAAAAAGUUUUAUGUCUUCGUUGAGGGGGUUGAAACCGGAGCUCAGAGAUCCAUCGUACAAUGGGUGAAAAGCAUCGGCCAAACUCAGGUCAACUUACCUGCAGACUGUGACUACAUCCUGGUUUUCUGUCCCAUUGCGUCCCGUGUUGAAGCAGACAUAAGUGGGGCCCUGGACAAUGUUUCUGGGUAUGAUAAACCUGUUAUUCUGGUAGUGUUGCAUCACACCAGACAACAACUGUUCAACAAGACGCGUGUGCCAAACCCGAUUGUGUGGCUCACAGUGGAUUUUCUGUUUUGGGAGGAUACACUCCUCGAUUGUACCUGCAAUACGGACUCAUGGGGCGAAAUCCAGACUCUUUUGGGACGUUCCAGGCAAUUGGGGAUCCAAAGUGUCAAAGGAUGGUUAAAGAGCCCAAAAAUAAUGGCGAUUGUGGGAGGAGUUGUCGUGAUUGUGAUAGCUGUGGUACUGAUUAUUGUUUUUACUCGUAAAAGCAAUCCUUAAGAAUCGGCAAGAUAUCCCUGGCAGUCGUCCAUCUUUGAUAUAUGUUGAUUAUUUGUUCAUAUUUAUUCUGUCACAACAGAAUGAAGACAAUUAUAAAAUCAGAUGUGUGGACACCAGAUUCUGCCAAUGAGGAAAUGUGUGAUUCUGAGCAUGAAGUUAGAAUGAAUUAAACUGCUUUAGGGGAACAAGGAACAUAUUUUAAAUGGCUAAAUGUCUUUCUUUCUCUUAAAAGGGUUGUUCACACUCAGUCUAAUGUGUCCAUCUCCCAUUUUAUUUAACAGAGUUGUCUUUUAUUGUUGUAUAAAGUUUUCCUGUCACACCUGACCUGUGGUUGAAGAUCUAAUCUCCUGUCUGAGUUAAAUAAAAAUAUGUCUGUUACAUA